AUGACGUUCUCAUCGUGCUUAUUUAUGUUAUGGAUUGUUAUCCAAUCAACGCACGCGUUGAUAAACUGUUCUGACUUUGGAACUGAGUUUAAAAUACGUGACAAAUUUCCUUUUGAUAUUCUUUGGAAACAAUCAACAGCAGAUUUGCUUACAACAUACGCUAUCGAAGGUGAAAACUCAACUAUUACUGAACUACACAUUGCAGACAAAACAUGUAUUCCGAAGUUCAUCUCAUGUUUUCAACAUCUGCAGAAACUGGUAAUCAGCAACACAUCUUUAUGCAACUUAGCAAGCGAGUCUAUCUUCGAGAUAGAAUAUCUACCAUCAUCAUUAGUCGAUUUACAACUAUCGAAUAUGAAUAUUAAACACCUAUCGAGAGGAAUCAGUAUAUUAACUCGGUUACAACUUUUAUCUUUCACUAAUGUUCCAUUGGUUUCACUGCCUAACACAAUCAGAAACCUGCCUGCAUUGAAGUUCUUAUCCAUAACGAACAGUACUUUGAGACGUCUACCGGCAGGACUCCAAAAUCUCGAAUCUCUUACCUUAAAGAACAAUCUGUUUCUUGACUUCUUGCAAUCGAUCGACAAUUCCCCUGUUCUCACAACUUUAGUUAUCACAUCUUGUCCAAUGCCUCGCCUACCUGCUAACUUAUCCAACUUAGUUGAUCUUCAUAUAAUCUCUUCUAAUUUAACUCAUCUGGAUGGUAUUGAAACGUUAGGGGUUAGAAACAACAAGCCAAAAAGGUUUCAUUUUCUUGAAAAUUCUAUUCGUUCGAUUUCCAAAACAAUUAAACAAGUUCGAAACCUUUCACGGCUGAAUCUUAAAUAUAAUCAACUCAGCGGUCUCCCAAACGAAUUCUAUAAUAUCACAACACUAAAGUACCUAAAUUUGAAAAAGAAUCGGUUUCGGCCAUAUGAAAAAGAUAUCACUAGAAGUCGCCUUGGUGAAAUUUAUUCGAAUGUAAAAACAUCGCCGAACUUUUGUGAAAUCAUUUUGUAA